AUGGCCUCUUCUACUCCGUCCGAGGAUUCGGUGUCCCCACAAGCAGAACUCGAGACACCUGCAAAAGGUACACCGGAACACAGGGCCCUCUACUACAAGAAGAUUGAAGAUUCUCUUGCUUAUGUUGUCAAUAUGCAUCGCAACAUAGGCCCUACGAAUCGUAUAAGCACUGGCUGGCUGAAUAUGGAUGAGACAGAACAAAAGAAAAUACUGUCCAGACUAGCAUCGAUCUCAUAUGCACCAGAUAUGGUUGACAUAACGGACGAAGAAAUGCUCAAUUCGAGAAUGGCUGUCAUGUUUGCAUCCGUAGUGAUCGGCGCUAUCAAAGAGCGGGAGGGUCAGCCUAGCUCCAAGCAGCGUCGGGAUCGUGAAGGGUCGUUACGCAAAAUGGCCAUCAUUCACUCCAACAUAGCCAGGCAAAACUCUUGA